UCAAGGGAAAAAGGGUGGAGCUGGAAAUGAAUGAGAGAGAGAGAGAGAGAGAGAAAUGGGGAUAUUUGCAGCGAUUGGGGUAAUAGUGCCAUUCCCGUUUUACUUCUGGCUAUGGACAAAUCCGCAGUCAUGGGUUGAACUGUGUGGGAAGGGAAGAGACCCAUCAAAGGUGAUGGCAAACGUGUCCCAUUUGCUGAAGCUGGUUCAGUUUUUGUCACUUUUCUCAGUGUCUUACAACUAUCUCUCUUGGCCUCCUCCUCUCUACUUCUGGCCUCUCUUUCUCUUUGGCCAGUUUCUCAACUUCAGGGUGUAUCAAUUGCUUGGUGAAUCUGGAACAUACUAUGGAGUACGUUUUGGAAAGAACAUUCCCUGGGUGACAGAAUUCCCUUUUGGGGUUAUUAGAGAUCCGCAAUACGUAGGAAGCAUUAUGAGUCUUCUUCCGUGUCUUUCUUGGGUGCCUUUUCAAUACAUUCUUCUUUGGUCACUUGGCUAUGUUUUCAUGAUAUAUGUGGAAUUGAAGGAAGAUCCAGCUACUCGUGCGAAGCUAAUCUCAUGAUUGCAGCAAUAGCAACAGUACAUCGAAGCAAUCAUGGAAGAAUUAACUGUACCUCGGAUUAUGUAGACUUUUUUUUUCAUAUUGGCUUUCUUUUUGUUAUGAAAUUAAUUAAUUUAUCCUACAUAAUUGAUUGGUACAUUGUGAGGUUUCUCGUUCCUGUAGUUA